GAUGUCAAGCAUGAUAUAAUAUGAAAUAGUUAUAAAAUAAUAAAUGAAAUCAAAAAACUAACUAUAAUAUGAAGAGGAUGUUGAUACUCUAGAAUCUUAUAGAUCAAUGAAUUAUGAUGACAAAACUAUGGAAGUGGUACAAUACAGAAAGGAGAAUUUCUUUCAGUUUGGAUCUUCUAUUUUAGCAGUAUUAUAUAUGGCUAAUACUAUGUUGAUUCCUAAUAUGAACUAACUUUUUAUUGAAAUAUCUUUUGACAAUCCUUUAAAAAUGAUUAUUUCAGUCAUUGUUUAUUGGUUGCUAUCAUUUUUAAUUUUGAUACCAUGCUAUUUGGUUAUUUAAAUAUGUAAAUAAGAAGGCAAUCCCAUUUAUGCACAUAUAAUCAAAUAAGAUUCUAUCAAUAUUUACAAAGCAUUCAUCUAUUGUAAUUUAAUAAUAAAUACACUUGGAUUAUUUAAUAUUAUUGUAAGAUUGGGUGAUAGCCUACCUAAGGUUAAUCGAUGGUUUUAUGUUGAAUUCCAUGAUUUAAUGGCUUCAGAACAAGGAAAAUUAUUUUUCCCCACUAUCAUAUGUUAUUCAGCUGUUGUUUUACUAUUAUUUUGUAGUUUUUAUAAAUUUUCAUACUUUGAACACUAUUAUGACAUUUAAUAUAGAUUAAUAAUAUCAUUUGUAGGUAAAUUAUUUUUAAAUACAUUAAUAUUCAUAUUUAUUUACUAUGAAGUACCUGAUGCAAGUUAAGAAUAUAUACAAAUGGACGAAAAGUAUAUAUUUUCAUUUAUUAUAUUAGUUUAUUUGAUCCAGAAAAAUCAGAAAAAGCUUCAGAUUGGAUAAUUUAUAGCUUUAAUUAAAUUUGUUGCAUUUCAUAUCCAUUCUUUGAAGUUUUUUAUCUAAAAAGAGAAACUAAAAAAGGAUAUGCUAAGGUUUAGUAAUGCUAUUGGAUUUAAUGGUUACUAAGGUCUGUUAUAUUUUUUUAUUAGAUUACUACUUGGGGCAUCAUAAUUAGUUAACAAAAGAUGAAGUAUUAUUAUUAGCCAUUAUUAUAAUCCUUAAAUUCAUUGUUAAUAUUCCUUAUUUCCAUCUCAAUAACUUCAAUCUAUUCACAUAAUUAUACUUUGAAUAAAGAACUACUCUAAGAUAAUAUUUAAACGGCAACAGAAAAAGAUAAUAAAAAAUAAAUUAAGUAAAUUUAUAUGAUAGCUGCUGGUAUAUUUGUAUUUGAAAUAUGUAUAUGUAUUAUAUGCAGACGUUUUAUUUAGAACUUUACAGUUCCACAAAUUAAAUCAUUUAUUUUCUCAUUAACAUACAGUGUUUAAACUAUUUGUUUUGGUUUUUCAUGUAUCAGUAUACCUGUUUAUUUGUGGAUUAAAAAUUUUGACCCUUAAUCAAACAUGUUUAAAGGAAUGGCAUAUUCAGUCAUAAUUGUUUACAUGAUAAUUUUUAUUGUAAUUAGUAGUGAACCAUUUUUUUAAUUAAAAUAGUGA